GGGACAGCUGAUGAAGCCUGAAGUCCCGACAGCCAUGCAGAACUGAUUCGGCCCCUUCCUCUUCUUUUCAGACAGUAACAGGAGUGUGGCACAGAGACCACUGGACUAGCCAUUGACUUCACUGUGACCGACAGGGAUACAACACGAUCAGUAUGGCUCUACCCAUAGAUCCCAUGGAGGAGCCGCGCAUGUACCAGCAAACCCUGCUGCAGGAUGGUCUAUACGAUCUUCUAGAGAGCGAUAUGAUGGUUGACUGUGUGUUGAAGAUCAAAGACAAGGAGUUUCCCUGUCACCGGCUGGUCCUGGCUGCUUGCAGCUCGUACUUCAGAGCUUUCUUUAAGUCAGGUGUGGAGGAGAGUAAACAGAAGGAGAUUGUAUUGGAGGAUGUGGAGCCUGGAGUCAUGGGGAUGAUCUUGAAGUACCUCUACACCUCGAACAUCAAUGUAACAGAACAAAACGUACAAGACAUCUUCGCUCUGGCCAACAUGCUUCAGAUCCCCUCGAUUUUCACUGUAUGUGUGUCCUUCCUGCAAAAGAGACUGAGUUUGAGCAACUGUUUGGCAAUUUUUCGACUAGGCCUGAUGCUGGAUUGUCCUCGACUGGCCAUAUCGGCGAGAAACUUCGCUUGUGAACGCUUUCAGUUAAUUGCUCGGGAUGAAGAAUUCCUGCAACUGACUCCAAGUGAAUUGGCAGCCAUUAUCGCAUCGGACUCUUUGAAUGUAGAAACGGAGCAAGACGUUUUUGAAGCUUUGAUCAAGUGGGUUGGACAUGACCAAGAGAAGAGAUUGGAGGAACUAACGGGUCUGCUGGAUUGCGUCAGAUUACGUCUGGUUCCUGAGGAAUACUUCACCAAAAGCGUGGAGAAACAUGAAUGGUUGAGCUCAAACCCAGAGAUCACCAAGAAACUGCAACUGGUCAAAGACGCCCAUGCUGGGAAACUUCCUGAAGUCAAGAAGACCAAAAGCAAAAAGAGUGCUUGUGAGGAAGGAGAGAAGGAGGGAGAAGAAGAGGAGGAGGAAGAGCAGGGGGAGCUGCUUCCAGGAAUCUUGAAUGACAAUCUGCGGUUCGGGAUGUUCCUGAGAGACUUGAUCUUCUUGAUCAAUAGCACUGCAUCAGUGGCUUAUGACCCAACGGGAAAUGAUUGUUAUGUGGCGUCACUCUCCAACCAAAUUCCUAAAAACCACUGCAGUCUGGUCACAAAAGAAAAUCAGAUAUUUGUGGCAGGUGGACUCUUUUUUGAUGAGCAGAGCAAAGACGAACAGAUCUAUUUAUACUUUUUGCAGUUUGACCCUGCAGCAUCAGACUGGAUGGGCAUGCCUCCCAUCCCCUCCCCCCGCUUCCUAUUUGGCAUGGGAGAGGCAGAAAACUUCAUCUUUGUUAUUGGAGGGAAAGAAAUGAAGGAAGGAGAAUGCAUUCUGGACACAGUUAUGGCUUACGACAGACAGUAUCUUAAAUGGGCAGAGUCAGAUCCUCUUCCCUACCCAGUAUAUGGCCAUGGAGUAGUAUCUCAUAACGAAAUGAUCUAUGUAAUUGGAGGAAAGGGAGAGAACAAAGAGUGUUUGAAAAAAGUGUGUGCAUACGACACUAAAAAGCAUCAGUGGAAGGAUUUAGCUCCAUUAAAUUCUGCACGUUCACUCUUUGGGGUCACAAUUCACAAAAACAAGAUCUACGUGGUAGCUGGUGUGACUGACACUGGCCUCACCGGCAGCGCUGAAGUCUAUGACAUCAAAACCAACAAGUGGUCAGAGUUUGUUGAGUUUCCCCAAGACCGUAGUUCACUUAGCCUGGUCACUGUGGGUGGUGUCCUCUAUGCUGUGGGUGGAUUUGCCAUGUUCCCCAAAGAGGACAGCGAUGAUCUCAUGCCACAGGAGAUGAAUGACAUCUGGAGGUAUGAUGAGGGCGAGAGGAAAUGGAUCGGCAUACUGAGAGAGAUUCAAUAUGCAUCUGGUGCAACGGUUCUGGGAGUUCGUCUUAACACUCUUCGGCUCACUAAAAUGCGAGACUAGUGCCGUCCAAUGAUUCAGUGUACCAAAAUGAAAAAAGUAGGUACAAACUCUCUCUGCUGAUAUUAAAUCAGUUAUUAUAGGGUGGGACAAAGUGAAACAAGCAUGAAAUACUAGAGGAUAGAACAUCUGUUGUCAAACUCAUUCCAUGAAGUGAUCAAUUUGAUAUUCAAUAUUCAAAUAUGCUUUAUCAUUUGAAUCAGAGAACAAGCAGAGAUAUUUUGAAAAAGGGUGUGGAAAUGCUGUUUUUGAACAGUUUUAACAUGGACGGAGCUUCUUGUGUCAUGUUAUGUCGUUUUUUAAAUUUUUAUUGUUAAUGUGACAUUUCUGUUGUGUUCUGAAUGAGAAAAACUCCCAAAGUAAAAUAAAAACAAACACAAAAA